AUGCGUUGGGGAUUUCGUUCACUGCGCCUUGACCUACCUUAUGUCUUGCUGGGUGUUGCUAUUGGAUGGAAUAGUGAUGUGCUUUGCUCGGUCAAGGGGAGUUCCAUGCUCCCCACGCUUUCCCCAGGGGAUUACGUUUUGUUUUUUCCCUACGCUUUGCUCCGUUUCCUGCAGCACUUUUCCCCAUCGCCCUUGGUGCGGACGGGUGAUGUCGUUGUGGUGAGAAUAUCCCCGGAGUUGACUGUUUGCAAGCGCGUGAUGCGCACUACCGCGGACAAAAACGUGAUGGGGCAAUGGAAUGACGAGCAGUUCACGACGAUUUAUCCAGAGCAGAUUCCUUCACUGGAUUCGGCUGAUGCGUCACCAGAAGCUCGUGCCGAACAGGAAGCCUAUGUGUACAGUAGCCUCGCUGCCUACACAAGGGCGCGUGACUGGGAUGCCUGCAUUGACCGUGUGGAGCACCCCUCUGGUUGGCUCUGGUUGGAGGGCGACAACCCUCGGGAGAGUUUCGACUCGCGCAACACAGGCGCGGUGCCGCUAGAGUGUCUUCGCGGCCUUGUUCUGCUUAAAAUGUGGCCAUCAUUCGGUCGCCUGCCGCUUCGGCCAUCGUCCUAA